CCCGCCCCGUUCGCCCCGCCCCGCCCCGCCCCGCCCGGGGCGCGGACUACAGCUCCCGGCAUGCCCGGCGCGCGGUACCUGCCCGCCCCCAGCCGCCGCGCCCGGAGGAUGCAGACGCCGGGGCGAGCGGGGAGGAUGGAGGCCGGGGAGGCAGCGCCGCCGGCGGGGGCGGGCGGCCGCGCGCCGGGCGGCUGGGGCAAGUGGGUGCGGCUCAACGUGGGGGGCACGGUGUUCCUGACCACCCGGCAGACGCUGUGCCGGGAGCAGAAGUCCUUCCUCAGCCGCCUGUGCCAGGGGGAAGAGCUGCAGUCGGACCGGGAUGAGACUGGGGCCUACCUCAUUGACCGUGACCCCACCUACUUUGGGCCCAUCCUGAACUUCCUCCGGCAUGGCAAGCUGGUGCUGGACAAGGACAUGGCCGAGGAGGGGGUCCUAGAGGAAGCCGAGUUCUACAACAUCGGCCCGCUGAUCCGCAUCAUCCAAGACCGGAUGGAGGAGAAGGACUAUCCUGUCACACAGGUCCCCCCCAAGCACGUGUACCGCGUGCUGCAGUGCCAGGAGGAGGAGUUGACGCAGAUGGUCUCCACCAUGUCAGACGGCUGGCGCUUCGAGCAGCUGGUGAACAUCGGCUCCUCCUACAACUAUGGCAAUGAGGACCAGGCUGAGUUCCUGUGCGUGGUGUCCAAGGAGCUCUACACCUCCCCGCACGGGCUGAGCUCUGAGUCCAGCCGCAAAACCAAGAGCACGGAGGAGCAGCUGGAGGACGAGCGGCGGCAGGAGGUGGAACAGGUGCAGGUGGAGGCAGGUCCCCGUCUGCACCCCUCAGGGCUGAGGCUGCGCUUGCAGCGAGGGCUUCUCCUCCUCGGGGCCCCUCGCCCGCCCCCCCCAGAGCCGCCAUCCCUGCUGUUACAAGCCAGAGGCACCCGGAUGUGAGGCCCCAGAUCACCUCCAGGGACUUGGGGUUCCGAUCUGAAAUCCUUUAUUUUUGUACCACGGGGUGGGGCCCCGGCUCCAGGCGGAGGAAGCACUCUCCCCCCUGCCACUUCUG